UUCAAGCCGUAAAAGAACAUAUCACAGAAAAAGCACCCGAAUAGCUCCUCCAUCUCAGGCUCCGAGACCUCAAGGGCUUAAAGCCAAAUCCAAAACCCUUUGCUUCAUAUGUUCCUGGUGCUGUGGCGUUUUUAAUCUGAAGAUGACUGAAGGCGGAGGCAGCAGCGUAAGCAGAAGGCAAAGAAGGUUGAAAAGAGACUCUGAAGAUCAGUGCCAAAACUUGAAACAGAAAUGUCUGAAGAUGGAUAAUCCUGCAGAUGAUGCUCAGAAGAAUGGUACUGAUACUAAUAAUGGUCUUCUUCCAGGUACUUCUGGGGAAGAAAAAUGCAUCAUGAUAGAAGGGUAUAAAUAUUUCUUUGGGGAGAAGGGAUUGCUUUUACGAGCUGAACCAAUGGAUAAAGCUGAUCUAGAGAAGCUGGAGAACACUGAAGAAAAGCGUGCACUGGAGAAAAAGAUGGCCCGGGAGUGGAAGAGGAUUGCGAAGGCUGCAAUAGCUUAUCACAAUCAUCAAGAGCGUGUGAAUUUUAAGCUUGUGAAGGUUGUAGAAUGCAAAACAAUUUCUGAUCAUGGCAUAUGGUAUCACCUCAACUUUGAGGCCAAACCCAGAGAUUUCGAAUGCUCUCCAAAACUCUUUUUUGCUGAAUUAUAUGGAAAUGCUUUACGUGUCACCUGUUGUUGUAUGCUGAAAUCUAAAGGCUCUGAUGCUAGCACCAUGCAGGGUUGUUUAUAUUGUGGUUCUCUCAUUUGUCAUCCUGCUAGUGGAUUUCGUGCUGGCAGUGAAUUUGCCCUCAGAUUUAACAAGUAUGGGGGAAUUCCUGUUAAUUGUGGACAAGUAUUUCCUCAAAGUUGAUGGUUUGUCUCGUGUGGUCGACUUUGUGUAGUGGUAUGAGCAACAUAGUAGCUGGUAAUUAUUUUACCUCCCUAUUUGUAGGCUUUUUGCGUGUCAAACCAUGUUUACACUUUAGUGUGUAGUUUAUGUUUGGUAAUCAUUUUGGGAUCUACAUUGGACAAACCACUUCGGAUAUGCUGUCAAUUUAGAUGCAGAUGAUAAUAUGAUAAUGCUAGAAUUUCUGUUGUGUUUAAA